UACUUAACUGUCAACAUGUUUUCUUUGGCCCUCCUUCCUUUGGCGCUGGCCUUGACUGCCAAAGGCGACUCAUGGGGUCCUGCCUAUUCAUUAGGACCCACGAGCUCAGCUAUCAUUGAGGCCAUAACGACCUUCACUCCCGGAACACCUCCUUCCGAUGCCGAAAAUUAUCUCUUUCUUUGGCCAGGUAUCAGUAAUAGCACCAGUGGUUUGAUUCAGGCUGGCACAGAUCAAACCGCGGAUCAAAACAGCUACUGUGGCGCUUCUCAGGAUCAAUGGUGUGCUAUGGCGAGUUACUAUGGCGUUGUAGACGGUGCCACCACACAGCUGAACGGCGACAUGGUGCCCAUCGACGCAACUGCGUCUAUCACUAUUCACUACAAGCUCGCCGAUGAUGAUAUCACUUGGGAACAAACCGUCACUCUCAAUGGCGAAGUCAUUUCGACUCUCAACAGCUCUGAUGGUCCGCUCUACAACGGAGGCUGGGGAACUGGUACCGAGUGUCAACAAGAUUGUACUGGUACUACCUCUCCUCAGUACUAUACGAACACUACCAUUACCCUUCUUGAAGCAGACGCUGAUUUUUCAUCGACUUUGUCCAUGGGAGAUGGUGUCGAGGCUUCCGACAUGGUCACCUCCGAUGAUGGGAAGACUUGGACCAUUGACAGUAUCACCAUUCCU